GGAGUUGAAGGUCUUUAUCCCUGACUACUUCCCCGCCACCGGCAGUGUGCCCACCACCUUGGAGCCGCCGCGACCGGGAGAGGUGGUAGCAAAAGAAUCUGCAUUGCCUCCGAAGGAGUCGCGUGCAGCUGCGGAAGAGGCCAUUUGCUGCUGUUCUAAUGGUGAGCAACUGGACGAGGACUUUGUGAGGAUAGAAGAGGUGGCCGAAGAAUACAAUCUUCCAAACGCCGUCCUGGAGUCGCAUGUAGUUGCAGAAGAGGAGAAAUCUUCAGAAGCGGAUCAGGCACAUAGCUUGAUUGAUGAUCAACGUGCACAGGAGUCCCAUGUGGCUGCAGACGAGGUCAAGUACAUCCUCAGCGACAAAAAGUCCUGUGGAGCCUUCCUGCAAGAAGCUGACGUUCGCCUGAUCCGAGCAGAGUGGCUCUACCACCUGCGACGAUUUGACAUGCCGCUGCCAAGGCGGCAAGAAGCAGACCAUGCGGUUUUCGGGCCCGAAGAGAAAUCUGGUUUGGUGUCCCAUGAAGAGGUGGCCCAGUGGGCCAUGGGUCGGAAAGAUGCAAUCAUUUGCUCGGUGUCUCAUGGCUGGGAAACACGGGAACACCCUGACCCAUGCCGUUGGCAGUUAGGGCAGCUGGUGGACUGCAUUGCUCUCUACGACGCCGCUUAUUUUUCUGACAUAUGGGUGUUUUAUGAUUACACCUCCUUGUAUCAGUUCGAGCGGGAAACUACUGAGCAAGAGGACAGCUUCACUAAAGGCAUGCAGAACAUGCAUGUGAUGUAUGCCCAUGACUUCAAUUUGACGCUCCGCAUCCAACAUCUGACUCCCAAUGACAUUUGGGAUGCAGCCAUGGCAGAUGAGGACUUCAAGAUCCCAGUGUACCAUCUACCGAGUAAGUCGGUCAAAGCACUUCCUCUCCGGGAACUCGUUUCCAACAGAACGGACAACGACAAGCGUGGUUGGUGCAGGGCUGAGAAAGAAUGGUCGGCAAUGAGAGGCAUCUCUGUCCAGAACCAAGUCAUCACCGGGCCAGGUGUUGGUAGUGGAAAAUUGAUCGAUCUCGGACUCGAGCACUUUGGAGGCAAAGUGCCACAGUUGCCACAGCUCUUUGAGCAAGACAUAGCAACAUCCGCCUUCACCCAUAGACAUGACGCUCCGGAGGUCGUGAGGCUUCAACGGAAGGUCUUUCAUGAAAAGGUGACGACGAGCAAGGAAGUGAGAUUGCAGUGGCUGCCAUCUGGAGAAGUUGACCGACUUAUCAAAGCCUUGCCCCACUUUCAGGAGCUCCGGGUCUUCCGGCUCAACCAUUUCCAAACCACUAUGACGCAGCUCGAAGCCUUGGGCCAGGUACUCGCCGCGAAGGAGCUGCAAACGCUGGAGAUCGGGGACUGCAAAGAAUUCCGCGGAUUCAAUUGUGGGUUGAGCGGUUUGGGCAAGGCGGUGGCCGAGAUCGUGAAGGUCACAAAAAGCAUCAAGGUCCUCAUCCUUCCUGAUAAUAACAUUCAUUUAUAUGAAGCGCAGGC